ACUCAAAGAACAAAACCAAAAGGAAUUUUAAAAAUCUCAACCUGAAAACGAUUAAUUUUAGCUCUGCUUUUGUUUUCUGAAAAUGGUUGAUUUGGAUUGGGAGGCAAAGAUGGUGGCUUCAGAAAUCUCAAAUAAAUCUCCCAGUGUAUCCAACAAGCUCAACGUCGCAAUUCCGACGCCGCUUGGUCCUUCCAAUAUUUUAUCGCCGGUGGUUACGUCUUCAGCUUCGGCUUGUUCCGCUUACGAACACUAUUUCCGGCUCCCGGAGCUGAGGAAGCUGUGGCGGUCGAGGGAUUUUCCGGACUGGAGAAACGAGCCGGUUUUGAAGCCGGGUCUUCAGGCUUUGGAGAUUACGUUUCGGUUCCUCUCGAUCGUGUUGUCUGACCCAAGGCCGUAUGCAAACACGCGAGAGUGGAAGCGGCGGCUCGAGUCGCUGGCCACUAGCCAGAUGGAACUCAUCGCUAUGUUGUGCGAAGACGAGCACGAGGACGGAGAGGCGCGUGGCACAGCGCCGAUCGUCGAUCUGAGAUCGUCAAGCGGCGUACUCGCUCGUGCAGACAGCUCCGCUGAGGUCUGGAGUGUUCCCGGAGAGGCUACCGUGGUGAAUCGCGCCAGCGAGGCCAGCUUGUUGCCUCGGUUGGCCGCGUGGCAUAAAUCCGAGGAGGUGGCACAGAAGAUCCUGUACUCCAUCGAGUGCGAGAUGCGGAGCUGUCCGUACUCCCUUGGCCUAGGAGAGCCAAACCUCGCCGGAAAACCAAAUCUCGACUAUGAUGCCGUGUGCAAGCCGAACGAGCUCCACGCGCUGAAGAGAACAGCGUACGAUCACAUAGAGAACCACGAGAACCAGACUCUGUACACGAGUCACCAAAUACUCGAAUCCUGGAUCCAAACAGCACAGGAGCUUCUCAAACGGAUCGUGGAGAGAACCGAAGGCAAAGAUUUCCGUAAGGCAUCGAGCGAUUGCUAUUUGCUGGAGAGGAUCUGGAAACUUCUAGCGGAAAUCGAAGAUCUCCACCUCCUGAUGGAUCCCGACGAUUUCCUCCACCUGAAAAGUCAGUUACAGAUCAAAUCGGUGCCGGAAACGGAGGCGUUCUGUUUCAGGUCAACAGGAUUGGUCGAAAUUACGAAAUUGUCCAAGGAACUGAAGCAUAAGGUGCCAUUAAUCUUAGGAGUUGAGGUCGACCCCAAGGGUGGGCCCAGAAUUCAAGAUGCAGCCAUGAGGUUGUACAUGGAGAAGAGAGAGUUCGAGAAGAUUCAUUUGCUACAAGCCCUGCAAGCGAUUGAGGCGGCGGUGAAGAGCUUUUUCUUCGCUUAUAAGCAGGUGCUGGUGGUGGUGAUGGGGAGUUUGGAGGCGAAAGGAAACCGAAUGGUGGCGAGUUCCGACUCGAGUGACUCACUGAGCCAGAUAUUUCUGGAACCGACGUAUUACCCAAGUCUGGAUGCGGCCAAAACGUUUCUGGGGGAAUUUUGGAGUCAUGAACGCGGCGCUUCUGGCAUGAGUUGGAGAAGAAAGUGAAAUGACUCAGUGAUGGACUCCUACGACGUAAAACAACAGCUACAGAUCUUGAAUUUGUUAGCACAGAUGAUAAAAAAAAAAAGAAAAAGAUAAUUAUCAUUAAUUCUUUGUAUUUAUAUAUUGUUUUUUUUUUUUUAAUGAAAUUAUAGAUUCUAU